CAUAUGUUUCUUAUCAGUGCGGUGUUUUUAUGCUGCAGUGCUAGUGUUAUUGUACAAUUGAAGUGAUUCGAGUCAAGCUAUUGUAGAAAUUUAUCAUUUCUGGAUAUCGAGCAUGAAGUUUGCAGUUCUAACAAUCAGCGACACGUGCUUUAAUAAGACAGCGACAGAUACCAGUGGUCCUCACUUAAUCCAACUGAUCGCCGAAAAGUUUAAUGCAACAGAUAUCAACUAUCAACUUGUUCCAGAUGAACUGGACCUUAUAAGAGACUCCCUCGUCAAGUGCUCCGAUGAGCUAGGAGUUAAUGCAAUCUUUACGACAGGAGGAACCGGAUUCGCCCCUCGGGAUGUCACUCCAGAGGCAACAAAAGCCGUCCUCACAAAAGAAGCUCCGCAGCUUUCACUGGCCAUGACACUAACGAGCCUACAGAAAACCAAAUUUGCAGUUUUAUCUCGUGCAGUCUGUGGAGUACGGAACAAAACGUUGAUCGUUAACUUUCCGGGAAGUAAAAAGGCGGUUGAAGAAUGCUUUCUAUCGAUUGUCGACGUUGUGCCUCAUUUGCUGCAACUGCUGAACGAUGAUGUCUCCAAAGUUAAGGAAACGCAUAAGAAAGUUCAAUCUGGAGCUGGUGAAGGCUCGGUUCAUGUUUGUCCACAUGCUACUGGCAAAGGUGGAGAUGACAGGAACUCUCCGUUUCCGAUGAUAGAAGUGGACGAGGCUUUGAGGAUUAUUCUUUCUACGAUAGAGAAUGUAGCAGAGCCAAGCAAGCAGACAAGUCGGGUCAACAUUCCACCCUUCAGAGCAUCGAUCAAAGAUGGAUAUGCUGUGAAGUCCAUCGGUGGUCGAGGAACUAAACAUGUUGUAGGAAGUGUUUCUGCUGGCGAUGGAAUAAUAAUGAAUUCAUUCACUCCCGACGAGUGUUACAAAAUUAACACUGGUGGACCUGUUCCCGACCAAGCAGAUGCGAUUGUUCAAAUUGAAGAUACCAAACUUAUUUCAUCGAAAAAUGGCAGUGAAGAAGUUGUGGAGAUACUGGUUGAUCCUACUCCAAAUUUGGACAUUCGUCCUAUCGGAACGGAUCUGCAAGUGGGCGAAGAAGUUUUUGAGUACCGUUUCCCAUUGAACGCAGCCCAAAAGUCACUGUUGGCAUCGAUUGGAGAAAAGCCAACCAUCAAAAAGUUAAGGAUCGCUAUCAUAUCGACAGGGGACGAGCUCGUGCAUCCUUAUGAAUCCGCUGGCGAUAGUCUUGUAGAAGGAAAAAUAUUUGACUCGAACACAACGAUGUUGGUUGAACUGCUGAAACAGUUUGGAUUUGGCGAUGAGCACUGCGAAAUCGAGCAAUUCGUUGUGAAAGAUGAAUAUGACGCCCUGAAGCAAAAACUCCAAUCACUGACCGGCUCAACAAAUUUCAUUAUAAGCACCGGUGGCGUCUCAAUGGGCGAUAAAGAUUUUGUCAAACCGGUUCUGCAGGAUUUGGGUUACGAUCUUAAAUUCGGACGAAUUAACAUGAAACCUGGAAAACCAUGUACGUUUGCUACAAAUGGAGCAACAAAGUUCUUCGGUCUGCCGGGAAAUCCAGUUUCGGCAUUCGUCACAUUUCACCUGUUUGCUCUGCCAGCUCUGAGAAAGUAUAUUUCGACGUUCAAUGGGACGACGAUCAUGCCAAGCAAACUUCUGCUUCCGAAAAUAAGCGUUGAGCUACUCAAUGAAAGUUACAAUUUAGAUCCACGGCCGGAAUACGCUAGAGCUUCAGUUAUUUCCAGAGGUGGCAAAUUGUUUGCCAAAAUCACCGGAGGACAGCUUAGCAGUCGCUUGAAGAGUAUCGUCGAAGCUGACGUAUUACUGCAUCUUCCUGCUCGAUCAGCAAAUGAAACCUCUAUCGUUAGAGGCAAACAAAUCACAGCAUCAGUCUUGCGAGCCGACUUUAUCUCUGGCUAUGAUUGACCUUUAACGAUGAGUGAUCGGGGUUUUUCUAGCCGUUGUGGCUCGAUUAUCAAUCUUAUAUUCAUUUCAUUUGCAUUUUCAUACGUGGGUUGGCGGUUUUAGAGUAUUUACAGUGCCUUUGAAAAUAUUUUUAACUUUGAAUAAACACACCCAACAACACAGGUCUACAAAAAUUACUUUUUUUUUGUGUGGUAAGGCACGUACCAACCAACCGUAAUUUAUGUUAGUAAAUAACUUAAUUUAUCGGCCCUAUCGGUGUCUGUUCUAGUAAUAACAUCUUAAGAAUAUGAAAAUUUAUAGACGGAUAGAAAGUUAGAAGAAAUGAAAGAUGGUGAAAGUGAGCGAGUGGAAUUAAUUUUAAAAGGAUUAUCACAAUGGAGGUGAAUCAACGCGAGUCGAGAGAACACAUUCUUUCCAAACAUCGGGAAUUUCCUGACCAGCCGCACCGGCAGUUGAGAUAAACUGUUGAACAUUCACCAUUCAACCGCCUCCAGAAUGUUGAAGCGGUUCCGGGAGCGGUUGACGUUGGACCAUGAAAAGGAGCGAGAAGAAAACCGGAACCAGAGAACAAAAAGACGGAGGGAAAGGUAAAGUGAAUGAUAAAAGAAAAUCCCAUCGUCUCAAGCCGCGAUUUGGCUAAAAAGAUCGGCAUGUUGCAGAGCUACGUCCAGAAUGCAACGAAGAGAGCCGGACUACAUACAUACAAGGUACAGAACUUCCCAAAACCGCGAUGAGCGGCAACAAUCGACGGCUAGAACUCGGGCACGAAAGCUUUACGAGAAGAUGCUGACCAAAUAUGGCUGCUGUGUGAUGGACGACGAAACGUAUAUAAAAGCCGACUUUAAGCAAAUUCCGGAGUUGAACUUUUUCACCGGCAAUAGCAAGUUUGAUGUGGAUCACAAAUUUAAGAAGAAAAAAAUGUCGAAAGUCGUUUGUCAGGCCGCUGCUCUUGCGAACUGAGGAGUGCACCUUUCGUGACAAAGGGCACAAUAAAUGGCGAGAUGUACAAAUCUGAGUGCCUCGAGGAGCGCCUUUUUGACAAAACUCCGCUAUUUUGCCAAGAUUUGGCAUGAUGCCACCAUUCUAAAAGUGUCCUGGAGUGGAAUAAGGCCAAUUCUGCCCAUCUGGUUCCAAAGAACAUGAGCCCGGGAAGCUGGAAGUGCAAGAAGACCGUCAAAGA